CCCCACGAUCCAAGAAACUCUCUGCAGCCAGGGGUCAAAUGAAUUGUCUUACACCAUUAGAAACUCAAGGCAGCACUUACGAAACUAAAGGCCAGGGAAGUGGAUGAAUAAAAGAUGCCGUCGAAACAGAAAAAGUCCACAGCUUCUGAAGAAACCGAAGAGGUCGAUGACGAAGUGGAGGAAACUGAGCCAAAGUUAAAGGAGAGGCGCGAUGGUGUGACCCAUGGGGACACCACAAAAAGCGAGAAGAGUCGCAGGAAACACAAGAGCGCGGAGAGCCCAGAGAAUCAGGACGCUCCAGAAAGCGAGAGGACUAAAAAGGAGGGCGAGAAGGUAAAAGAGAAAAAGAAGAAAAAGAAACCAGUUGAUGAUGCUGGUGCUGUGAUUGAGAGAAAAGAUGGCCAGGGUGAGCAGAACAAUAAUGACCCUAACCCCAAAAAGGAGAAAUCAGGGAAGCUCAAAGAGGAAGUGACUGAGGGCGUCAAGGAGGAGAAGAAGAAAAAGAAGAAGAAAUCCUCUGCAGAGAACCCAGAGGCACGGGAGGAGAUGGGGUCGAAGGAUAAAAAGUCGAAAGACGGCAAGAAGAAGAAAAAAUCUCACGACGACGACGAUGAGGAGCCUUUAAUUGAGGAGCAGGAGGAGGAGGAGGACUCAAAGAAAAAGAAAAAGAAGAAGGGGAAGAAGGGAUCUGCAGACAGUGAUGAUGAUAAAAAGAAAAAGGGUAAAAAAUCCAAAAACAAACAGUUGGACUAUGCAGCAAUUUACCAGAGCGAGCUGCUCAACUACCACACAGACUCUUCUGAUGGAUAUGAAGACGAAUACUACAAAAAGAAAGUGUAUGAGGUAGUCACGGUCACUGGGGACGUAAAAGGAGCCGGGACAGACGCUAAUAUUUUUGUUACUCUUUACGGAGACUUUGGUGUCACACCCAAGGUUCACCUGGCGAGCAACACAGAAAAGAGAAGCCGGACUGCAUUUGAGAAGAAUAAAACUGAUGUUUUCCGUAUCAAAACACAAAAUGUAGGGCCUCUAAAGAAGCUGAGGAUCGAGCACGACAACACGGGGAUGAGCGCCAGCUGGUUCUUGGACAGGGUGGUGGUGACCGACAUGAACCGACCCCAUCUGCGCUUCUAUUUCGCCUGCAACAACUGGCUCAGUCGGGAGGAGGGUGACAACCUGAUUGUUAGGGACCUGCUGGGAAGCCUGAACCCCAUGGAUGUCCCAAAAUUGAAUAAAUAUAUAGUGAGCGUGUUCACAGCUGACAUGAAGGGAAGUGGAACUGAUGCCGACGUCUUUCUAAAUAUCUUUGGAGAGAAUGGUGACACAGGAGAGAGGAGGCUGGACAGUGACAAAGACAACUUUGAACGCGGGUCAGAGGACAAGUUUACAAUAGAGGCUCCCAACCUGGGCAGGCUGAAGAAAAUCACCAUCGGCCACAACAACAGGGGGUCGUCAGCUGGAUGGUUUCUAGACAAGGUGGUAAUAGAUGACAUGGGGAACAAGGAAAUGUAUGAAUUCCCAGUUAAUCGCUGGUUUGCCAUGGAUGAGGAUGAUGGGAAAAUACAGAGAGAUGUGUUGGUUGGCUCCAUGCAGCCAAUGGGAAUUGUGUACAAUGUGCAAGUGAUGACUGGAAAUGUGAGAGGCGCAGGGACCAACUCUAAGAUCCACAUGGUCAUGCACGGCUCCAAGGGUUUAAAGAACAGUGGCAAAGUUUUCCUGGAGGGCGGUGCGUUCGAGCGCGGUCUCAUUGACAUUUUCAACGUGGAGAUCUGCGAGCUGAUCAGCCCGCUGAGCAGAGUCACCAUCGGGCACGACAACGGUGCCGUCGGUGCUGGAUGGUACUGUGAAAAGGUGGUGAUAUACUGUCCGUUCACUGGCAUUGAGCAGACGUUUCCAUGCGGGAUGUGGCUUGAUGAGGACGAGGGCGACGGACUGAUUGAGAGGGAGCUUUAUGAGAUGGUCUCUCUCAGACAGAAGAAACUGAAAAAGUACCCAUGGUCCCUGUGGAUUUGGACAUCAGAUUUGAAGGGGGCAGGCACAGAUGCCCAGGUUUUUCUGCAGAUCUAUGGAGAGAAGGGCAAGUCUGAUGAGAUCAAACUGGAAAACAACUCAGACAGUUUUGAACAGGGCCAGAUUGAUAAGUUUGUGAUUGAAAUGCCCGAUAUAGGAAGGCUGCAGAAACUGCGGAUCUGGCACGAGAAGAGACAUCCUUUCGCUGGCUGGCAUUUGGCAAAGGUCACUUUGCUCAAGACGCUGACCAUGGAGAAAUAUUCUUUCGAAUGUGGCCGCUGGCUGGACAUCAACGAAGAUGACAACGAGAUCGUCAGAGAGCUACCAGCAACGGGAGCACUCAUUGACGACCCCUUGCCCUUGAUAAAGUAUCGCGUCACCAUCUGCACUGGCAACGUCAGCGGCAGCGGCACCGACGCCACCGUCUUCCUCAAUGUCUUCGGCGACCUGGGAGACACGGGGGAGCGACUCAUGAUCACGAGCAAAAACAACGUCAACAAAUUUGAAUCGGGAAACCAUGAUGAGUUUCUCAUUGAGUGUGUGACCCUGGGCCGGGUGCACAGGGUCCGUGUGGGUCACGAUGGCCGCGGUGGAGGCUGUGGUUGGUUCCUUGAUAAGGUGCUGGUCAGGGAGGAGGGUCAGCCAGAGUCUAUGGCCACUGAGUUCCCCUGUGACAGGUGGUUGGACCGUAACGAGGACGAUGGGCAGAUCGUCCGUGAGUUAGUUCCAGCCGGAGACGGCCUGCGUCUCUUCAAUGUUAGCUACCACGUAGCUAUCAAAACAGGUAGCGUGAACGGGGCCAGCUCAGACUCCAAGGUGUUCGUCAAGCUGUAUGGGGAGAAGGCGGACACUAACAAGAUGAUACUGGCAGUCUCUGACAACGACCUCAGGAACUACUUUGAGACGGCGCGCACCGACAUCUUCACCAUCGACACCUUUGACAUCGGGCAGAUCAACCGCUUUCUGAUCGGCCACACCAAUGAGGGCCUGCGGGCUGGAUGGUUUCUGGACAGUGUGCAGAUCUCUGUGCCAGUUCACGGGAAGCAGUACAUGUUCCCGAGCGACCGCUGGCUCUGCAAGGACGAGGCCGACGGGAAAGUGGAGGUGGAGAUCUAUCCCAGCGAGAUCCUGGACAUAGAACAAUUGAUCAAUUAUGAAGUGACAGUUGUCACGGGUGACGUGCGAGCGGGUGGAACAAAUGCCAACGUCUUCUGCCAGAUCUAUGGAGACGAAGGAAAAACCGAAGUCCUCGCUUUAAAAAGUCGCUCCAACAACUUUGAACGCGGCACCACUGAGAUCUUCAAGAUCGAGGCUCUCGACGUCGGCAAGAUCUAUAAGUUACGCAUUUACCACGACGGGAAGGGGAUCGGAGACGGCUGGUUCCUGGAGACGGUGGACAUCAAGCGGCUGACAAUGGCCAUGGUGCAGGUUGAGGUGAGGAAAGAGGAGCCGGUCAAAAAAGACAAGAAGAAGGACAAGAAAAAGAAGAAGAAAGAAGAAGAGGAGGAGGUGGAGAUAGUUGAGGAGAUGCAGGAAGUCGUGGAGACUUUCCAUUUCCCUUGCAGCCGCUGGCUGGCCAGGGAUGAAGAGGACGGGCAGAUUGUGGUCGAGCUGCUGACCGAGGACAAUGAAGACCUGGAUAUUAACUCAUAUGAAGUCCACGUGUUCACUGGGACGAUGUGGGGGGCGGGGACGGACGCCAAAGUGUACAUCAACAUCUACGGGGAGAUGGGCGACACCGGGGAACGGCAUCUCAGAAAGUCCAACAACCUUAACAAAUUUGAAAAGGGCCGGGAAGAUGUUUUCGACAUAACGGCGGUCGACCUGGGGGUCCUGAAGAAGCUUAGGAUCCGACAUGACAAUACCCAGGCCAGCGCUGGGUGGUUUCUGGACAGAGUGGAGAUCGUGGACAACAAAGAUGACACCACGUACUUUUUUCCCUGUAAACGCUGGCUGGCUGUCGAUGAAGACGAUGGGCAGCUUGCCAGGGAGCUGGUCCCCGUGGACGAGGCCUUCAUGAGGAAGGGGGAUGAUGACGAAGAAGACUCCGAGGCUACUCUUGGUCUGGAACAGAAAGCCAUGUCAACAACAUACACAGUGAGGAUAAAAACAGGUGACAAGAAGUAUGGAGGAACAGAUGCUAAUGUCUUCAUGACCCUGUAUGGCACCAAGGAUGACACAGGGAUAAUUAACCUGAAGGCUUCAAAGAACCAUAAGAACAAGUUCGAGCGGGGCAUGAUUGAUGAGUUCACUGUGGAAGCUGUGGACAUCGGACCCUUGAAGAAGCUGCGUAUUGGACACGACAACCGUGGAGGAGGCUCGGCGGGUUGGUUCCUUGACUGGGUGGAGAUCGAUGCCCAGUCCCUGGGACAGAAACUCCGCUUCCCCUGCGGCCGUUGGCUGGAUAAGGGCGAGGAUGACGGAGCCAUCGUCAGGGAUCUUUUCCCUAAUCCUCUUCAGACAGAGUUUUACACACCAUAUGUACCUUAUGAGAUUAAAAUCUUCACGAGUGACGUGUUUGGAGCCGGCACAGAUGCGGAUGUCUUCAUCGUCCUGUACGGGAGAGAUGCCGUGUGCACCACGCAGAAGAGCCUGUGCGUCAACGCGAGGGAAAGGAGAAUGUACUUCGAGAGAGGAGCUGAGGACAUGUUUAUUGUGGAGCUGGAAGAUGUGGGGGAUGUGAUUGAGAAGAUCCGUAUCGGCCACGACAACCGUGGCGUGAACCCAGGCUGGCAUCUGGACAGGGUGGAGAUCCGACGUCUGCUCAGGAAGGGAAAGGGUUCAGAGACCGUCAUCUUCCCCUGUGAGUGCUGGCUCGCCAAGUCCGAGGACGACGGAGAAACCGUGAGAGAGCUGGUUCCCUCUGACAUCAUCACUGAGAAACUUUCACGCGAUGGAAGUCUGAAAGUGACGGAAGUGGAGGUGGAGGACGCCCUAGAAAUUCAUACAUACAAAGUGUCAGUGAUGACGGGUGACGUGUACGGAGCCGGCACCGACGCCAACGUCUUCCUCACAAUUUACGGUGACCAGGGGGACACUGGGGAGAGGAAACUGAGCAAGUCGGAGACAAAUAGCAACAAGUUUGAACGAGGGGCGGUGGAUAAGUUCACCAUAGAGGCGGUCGACCUGGGUCAGGUUUUCAAAAUAAAAAUCCGCCAUGACAACAGUCUGGUGAGUGCCGACUGGUACUUGGACCAGGUGGAGGUGCUUGACAUCGAUACAGAGGAGGUCUUCCUCUUCUUAUGUGAACGUUGGCUCUCCAGGAAGAGGGAGGACAGACGCAUUGAGAGAGUCUUUUAUGUCAAGGGUUAUGAAGGAGUUAGAGAAAGCAUAAACAGUAAAAAGAACUCUGCCUUGAUGCUGGAGAGCGUCGACAAUAACAUGAACAAAAAGAACAAGAAGAAAAAGGAUGAGGAGGAAGAAGAUGAGCUCCCAACCAUACCGUACCACGUUACCCUUUCCACUGGACUGGACCGUGAUGCGGGCACCACCAGCAGGGCUUACGUGAUCAUCGUCGGCGCCAAUCACACCCAGACAGAGAGGCUGUGGCUGGACCUGCCGGACGAGAAGAAUGGCUUCAAGGCCGGCUCUCUGGAGAGCUUUGAGUCUCACGGUUCGGAUGUGGGGGAGAUCAAAAAGGUUGAGCUCGGUCAUGAUGGGGCCACUCCGGAGAGCUGCUGGCUGGUUGAUGAGCUCGCUGUUGCUGUGCCAACCAAAGGGGUCAAAUAUAUCUUUGCUUGCAAGUGCUGGCUGGCCAAAGAUCGAGGAGACGGGUUAACUGCUAGAGUAUUCAAUGUGCUGGACGCAGAAGCCAUUUCUAUCUCUCAGAAGGUCAUUUACGAGGUGACGGUGGUGACAGGAGACGUUCAGAACGCCGGAACAGACACGAUGAUCUUCAUGUCUGUGUUCGGGGCCAACGGCAGCACGGAGGAGAUGCCGCUGCAGAAGAACGAGGACAGGUUUGAGCGCGGUCAGGAGGACACUUUCAACAUGGAGAUCGAUGACAUUGCCCCGCUGAGGAAAAUGAGGCUGCGCAUCGACGGUUCGGGCAGCCGGCCCGACUGGUUUCUUGACCAGGUGAUCAUGCGUAACCUGACGACAGAGGAGGUGUCCGUGUUCACUUACGAGGAGUGGCUGUCCAGGACGCGCGGGCCCAAGAGGACCAUGAUCUGUGAGAUGGCUGCCGUGGUGGACGAGGAGGUGAUGGUGGAGCUCACCACCUACAUCAUCCAGGUCAAGACGAGUGAUAUCGCAGCGGCAGGCACCGAUGCCAACGUCUGGAUCAUCAUUUUCGGAGAGAACGGAGACACGGGGACGCUGGCGCUGAAGGAGAGCAGCAAGUCCAACAAGUUCGAACGCAAGCAGGUGGACAUGUUUCGCUUCUCUGACAUCCUCAGCCUGGGAGAUCUCUCUAAAGUCCGAGUGUGGCACGACAACUCAGGUCCUGCUCCGGGAUGGCACUUGGAGUACAUCGAUGUGAAGGACGAGCUCAUGGACAAAACAUUUCGUUUCCCUUGUGACCGCUGGCUCGCCAAGAAUGAUGAUGAUGGACAGAUAAUGAGGGAGCUGGCCUGCGCUAACAAUGACUACCUAGACCUCAAUGAGAAGACCAAGUACGAAAUUUGUAUCACAACCGGAGACACGGAUGAAGCAGAAACCAAAGAAAACGCAUGGAUCGUACUCGAGGGAAGGAAGGGCCGAUCAAAAGAGUUUGUGAUGGAGAACUCUUCAAAAAAGAAGAGAUUCUUGCGGGGAAAUGUCGACAGGUUUGAGUUUUCAUCCAAAAACCUGGGGGAUAUCGCUGGUAUCUGCUUGGGUCACACACCCAAGGAUGGAAAGAAAGUGAAGGGGGAGGUUUUCUGGCAUGUGGAGGAGGUGGUUGUAACUGAAAGAGAACUGGGAAACAAAUACAUCUUCAGCUGCAAUGCCUUCGUCCCUCUCUCUCCAAAGAGAGACGAGUUCUUGACCUUUGAGUGCACAAAGUCCAUCGAGAGCUUCGCCAGCAAAGCUCGCAGCCUGGUGCCGGUCAAAUACGAGAUCAUCGUCAUCACCGGCGACGAGAAAGGAGCCGGCACGGACGCCAACGUUUUCAUCACCAUCCACGGCGUCAACGGGGACUCGGGCCGUCGGCAACUCCGGCAGAGGUUUCGCAACCUCUUCGAACGCGAGCAGACCGACCGCUUCGUGAUGGAGAUGCUGGACAUGGGAGAGCUGCAGAAGGUCCGGGUGGAGCACGACAACUCCGGCCUCAGCCCCGGCUGGCUGCUGGACCGCGUGGAAGUCACCAACACGGCCAAUGGCGUCACCACCAUCUUUCUCUGCGGGAAGUGGCUGGACACGAAUAGGGCCGACGGGAAGAUCGCCAGGGUCCUCUACCCGAAAUACUGACGAUGAAAACAUUUCAGGCACAAGGAUCUCCCUUCAAGUUUAAAAGCAAUGACCAAAGAGAUUCUGUUUUAUAUCUCAGGAACUGAGACAGAUUUUUAUAGUCACAGUUUUUUUUUUAUUCUAUUAUAUUCAACAAAUAUCCUGCAAAGAAGUACUGUGACAACAAUAAUUUUCGUCAGGAAAAAAAAGAAAUGUGCCAUUCUUUUUAAAUUUUACAUGUUAGGGAUGGUUUGUUCUGUCGUUUUGUUAUAAUGGAGGUUUUAUAAAAGAUUAAACUCUUUUGUAAUACUAAGAACUGCUUGACUCACCUCAGGUUCAAAAUAAGAACAUUACUGUGAAUAAAUGUGACAACCCUACAAAUCACAUUCUGCAGGAGCAUUUUAGCAUCUUUUAGCUGAAUCAUCGUAGCUGCUGUUCACUCGCGCCAAGCAGCUGUUUUAGUGAAGAUUAAAACAGUUUGCACCCCGUCCCGCACCAAAUGCCAACAGAGAGACAAAGUUAGCAACCAGAUGCACGAGUGCUUAGCAGAUCUUAAACUAUUCCAAAUGGAAAGUGAUAAUUGGGUAUUUAACAAGUGACAAAACAAUGCAAAGACUGCCCUGUCUCUUUACAAAGCUGUUCGCCUUAACCAAUUUAUGAGGAGAUUAUACACCAAUCAGCCUUAGCGUUAACCGCCUGCCUCGUAUGGGUUCCCCCCUCUCCUGCCAAAAAAGCCCUGGCUCUUUGAGGCAUGGACUCCACUAGACCUCUGAAAGUGUGCUGUGGUAUCUGGUACCAAGACAUUAGCAGCAGAUCCUUUAAGUCCUGCAAGCUGUGAGGUGGAGCGUGUUUGUCCAGCACAUCCCACGGAUGCUCGAUUGAAUCCAGAUCAGAGGUUUUUGGAGGCCAAGUUAACUCCUUGAACUUGUUG